GUGUCAUGUCUCCAUCCCCCCUCUCAAAUUUCUCUUCGAAGCCAAAAUCCGAACCCUAAUUAUUCUCUCAAUUCGAACCCUAGCAAAUUAUCUCCAAAUUUCCUCUCUUAGUCUCUCUCUCUGUCUUCCCCCAAAGCCCUAAUUGUGUCUCUUAUCUUUGAUCGAAGCUCGGAUUCUGUAAAGCUCUUGAGUUCAUAAAUCAGGAACCAGUCUUUGCUUCGUUAAGAUUUUGCAGAAAGAGAAAGAUCCCGCAUCACAUCGAAUUCUUAUCUUCUUGUACUUCUGAAUUGCAAUAGUCGGAUUCUGCUUUUUAAGAACUUUGAAAUUGUUAGUCUUCGGUUACAGGUUUCUGGGAAACUAGAGUUCUAUUCCGUUUCUGGACUUGCCGUUUCGUCUGGAGCAAUGGUUGGAGGUGGUAGCAGGCGAGAUGAAGGGUCGUUGGUGAUUAACAAUACCAACGUGUUUGCAGCGCUUGAAACUCUCAGAAAGAAGAAGAAGUCUGAUAAGGAUCGCGGGUCUUCGAAGAGUAAGGGGUCAUCGAAAUCCCAAGCGAAAGAGCCGGAGCAGCAGGUUUUCUGGGCUCCUACGCCGUUGACGGUAAAAUCGUGGGCGGAUGUUGACGAUGAGGACGACGACGACUAUUAUGCUACUGCUGCUCCGCCUCAGUCUGUUUGGGGCUUAUCUGAUUCUCACGAGACAAAGGAGAAGCAAGAGUCUGUGGAGGAAAGUGAAAGUGAAGAAGAUAUUCUUGAUGAAGGUGAUGAGGAAGUAGAGGAAGAACAUGAUCAAGAACCAGAGGAACCUGUAGAACCCACCCCUGAGGUGAAGAAGGCCCCUGAAGUUUUUUCAGCACCCAAGGAGAUAGAAAAACAACUUUCCAAGAAGGAAAGGAAGAAAAAGGAGCUUGCAGAACUUGACGCACUUCUGGCUGAUUUAGGAGUUGCUCCAAAAGUGGAUAAUAUCCAAGAUGAGUCAAAGGAUGCACCAAAAGGAGCAAAAGAUGGAGAGGCAAAUGAAACUGGACAUGGUGAGAAGAAGGAAAAUGUCCCUACAGAGUCCAAGAGUGCAAAGAAAAAGAAAAAGAAAGAUAAAUCAUCCAAGGAGGUAAAAGAGGCACAAGAUCAGGCCAACAUCUUGGAGACCAAUGAACAAGAGGAAACUGCUGGGACUCAACAGGCAGAAGAAGAUGCAUCUGCUAUUGAUGUGAAAGAGCGGCUCAAGAAGAUGGCAUCUGUGAAGAAGAAGAAGGCCAAUAAAGAUUUGGAUGCUGCUGCUAGGGCUGCAGCCACAGAGGCUGCUGCAAGGAGUGCGAGACUAGCUGCUGCAAAAAAGAAAGAGAAGAAUCAUUACAACCAGCAGCCAGUACGGUAAGAACCCUUUUGUGGGACAUUUGUGGACAGGCUCUCCAAUUGUUCAUCUGCCAAUCAAUCAAUAAUAAACAUGGAGCCGCUGUCACCAGUCUUGUGAUGAAGAUCUCAGUUAUGACAUGAUAUCCACCCAACAAAAAAAGAAUCGUGCUUUGAGCAUUAAGAAGUUAUCAUUCCCCCUUUAGCCUGCGACUUUCCCGACAGUUUUGCUAGUUGAAAAUCCCCCGUGACUAGAAUCUGAACCCGAGCGCUAAUUUUGUGCUACAGUCGUCCUGUGCUUUCCUCUUCUUCCUUUUGCUAUCAUAUUAUGCUUGAUGCCUGGGACAUGUUCUGAUGCUGGUGGUGGUGGUGGUGGUGUUUUUUUUUUUUUUGAAAAAAAAACAAAAGAACAUUGAAACUUGUUGGAGGAUGUGCUUUUGGUCUGGGGCAAAAUAUAGAAAUCAUGUCAGGUUGCUUGGCAUGUGUUAUCAUGGAUGGUUUGCAAAACAAACUGAAAAGAUAGAUUUUGUUGAUUUGCAAUGCCAUUGAGUAGUCGGACCUCA